UGUUCAUUUGAUCCCAGGGGCUGCCCUGCUCUCCCUGAUCCGCUGCUGAUCAGCGCGUCUCCAAGAUGCGCCAGUUGCGUGAAAGAGCCGUCUGAUCGCUCUAUAGUGGAAAUUCUGAUAGAGCCGAAUAUAAUCUGAUAAAUCAACCGCAUCUGUUAGUUGAAGGGCGCGUUUACGUAAGCCGUGUUUUGUUGUUGCUAUUAGGUGUCAUUUUGCGCCCGGUGCUGGAUGCCUCGUGGAUUAUUUCGCCAAGGAGAUGUGAGCUGGGGCUCUCCCUCCCUCCUCCCUGCAGCAGCAGCAGCAGCAGACACGGAAGCUCGCUCAGACAGCUGGUCUGCAGAAACACCGUAAACAAUUGCAGGCAGCUUCUUUAUAAGAAAAAAAAAAACGCGUCUCCGCUGCAGCUUCUGCACCCCGACUCAAGCCUUUAUUCACCAAAGUGCUUGGGACUCCUUCAUUCUUGAGAUAUAUUUUCCUGAAAAUGGGACCCUAAUGAACCUUUAGAGGAUUGAGAACAACUGCUAGAAUGUUGCAAUCCUCCUCCAGAAAAGGUAAAACUUUACCUUUCUGUAAGUUACAGAAUAAUUUGCAGAGAUGCGCCCUGUUUCUCGCCCUCUGCUCGGCUUCCCUCUGGCUUCCUGAGGCUGAGGGUUCUACACUGAACUGCCAUACCACAUGCAUCUGCGCCUCCAAUAUCGUCAGCUGCUCCAAGAUGAACCUGAGUGCUGUUCCAACCAGUCUGCCACUCUACAUGGCUGUGCUGGAUCUCAGUUACAAUGAGAUAACUCGUCUGAGAUCAGAGUGGACCCCAGAGAAACUUCCAAAGCUUCACAACCUGCUGCUUAGCCACAAUAAACUUAGUUUCCUUUCCUCUGAAGCUUUUACAAAUGUGAAGCACCUGCGCUACUUGGACUUGUCCUCCAACAAACUGCAGAAGCUGGAUGAGUUUGUUUUUGAGCCUUUGGUCAAUCUGGAGGUCCUCUUGCUCUACAAUAACCGAAUUUCACAGAUUGACAAGACAGCCUUUUCUACCAUGGAAAACCUUCAGAAGCUGUACCUGAGUCAGAAUAAUAUCUCCCGCUUCCCAGAGGAGCUGAUAAAAGACAGGUACCGCCUGGAGAAACUAAGCCUGCUGGACGUGUCUUCCAACAAUAUCAAAAAGAUUCCCAUAGAUGACCUUAAGGCGCUCCCUGCCUCGAUUAAAAAUGGCCUCUACUUCCACAAUAAUCCCCUGCCGUGUAACUGUAACCUCUACUCACUCCUGGCACAGUGGCAUAUUCGAAAGUUUAACUCUGCUGUGGACUUCAUUGACGAAUACACAUGCACCCUGCCUAAUUCACCGAAAACCCAGAUUUUCAAUCUCAGUGGGGAAAGCAUGAACUGCAGCACAUUCAAAGAGGCAGACGAAGAGGCAUUCCUGGAACAAACACUGAUCCUCAACUGUGACACCAAACACCAGAACAUGACAAAGACUUGGACUUUGCCUGGGAACAUGACUUCUGGAGACAACCAGACAGUAAAGGUCCUCCCAAACGGCAACCUGCGGAUAAGUCCUGUGAGGUAUGAGGACUCCGGGACCUACACCUGCUUCGCUGCGAGCGAGAAAUUUAAUGAGACCAUCUACGUAGUGUUGAAGGUUUACAACUUCACCAUGCAUGGUGCUGGGGAAACAUUCAACACCGCUUACACUACCUUGGUGGGCUGCCUGGCCAGCGUAGUGCUGGUGCUCAUGUACCUCUACCUGACACCAUGCCGCUGCUUCUGCUGCCCUAACAAGGGUAAGACCAGGGGUGAGGACAGCAUUCACUCCUCAAUGCUUAGUGUCACUCCCACCCAUGAAGACCCAACACUCAAGGCUGAGCUAAACAGGCACGUUGCUUUCAUCGACUCCAAAGACUUGCAAGGCCAGAACGGCAAGGUGAACCCCAACGGGGAUGAGGAAAAUGAUGAUGCGGAUGGGGAGGCUGGCUCUCUCAUGAAAGGGAAGAGGAAGAAAUCGGUAGCAGAGUCCAUUAGCUCCGUCUUCUCAGACACUCCCAUGGUGGUUUGAGUCGACAAUGACAGUAAUGGCACAUUAAGAGCCAUAAUUUAUUGAAUUUUAACUCCGACUGUGACCUUGUGCAAGAAAAGAUUAGAGGAAUGGAUAGCAAAUGUGUGACGGCAUCUCAAAGGGAAUUCAAAGGAAGAAGUCGUGUUGUCGAAAAGAACAAUAAGCCGGACUUUUCCAGCGUUUCGAUCUGUAGCAAUUACUAUUCAUACUGUGAAGGAAAGGAGGCAAAGACAGGCUGUGAAACCUUUUAGGGGAGAUGAUAUGUAGUUAUCAGUACUCAGGAAGCGAUGUACUGCAACCUUUGGUGAAUUUAAAAAUGCACAAGAUCUCCAAAACCAUCUUAGAUUUAGUAUGAAUUAAAUCUGUGUUUGGCUCAUGGUUAUAUAUAUGAAGAAUUAGAAUAGACUGCAUCAUAUCACACCCUCUUUCUAUCAAAACAAGGACAGAAACUGACAUUGCCAGGCUCUGAGUAGAAGUGACAUUCACCUUGAGUUAUAUUUAGUGACAGUGCAUGCCAUAAAUCCCUAUUAUAUCCUGCUGCUCCAGAAAGCAAGGCAAGAAAAAAUUUUCUCAAAAUUCUAAACAGAAAAAGGUUUUCACACUAUUUUUCACCUGAUCCUGAGCUGAUCCAGACUGAUCCUGUUUUGGAUUAUGGAAUAACCCUGUGCAUAAAUAAUCGUGCAUUAAAACUUCCACCUUACUGUUACUUUACAUCUACGGUGAAAACCAAAUAACAUUUUGUCCGCCUUUCACAUGCAGUGUCGCCUGUAGAUACACAUAAGGUGCAGAGAGGUACUUUGUUCUGACUGAUUAUUAACAUGUUGUCUGAAUUCUGUAAACAGAUAGGUACCAAACUCCUUACAAGGACAGAGGCUGCUCUGGUUCUCCUCCACCGAGGUGCCACAUGCUGUUAAAUUUUCCUCUUGGCAAAGUCACAGCAUCAGUCUUGCUCAUUCAAAGCUCAAAUGCUUCACCUAUGCUGUAUUAUACUAUUUGGUGCACCUUACAGAACUCUGCAGUUUUUUAAUCAUCAAACUUGUACUCAGAUGUAAUCAAUAGGAUUUAGUUUAAAUAAAGUAGGGCUUCAUCAAUAGUUCCCAGUGUCUACCUGAAACGUAGCAGCUUGUUUUCUUCUUUGCUCUCUAUAAUGGGAUGUUUGUUGUGUUAGCAGUAAAGCGUUAGAGUUUCAGUUAGAAAAACCUUCAUGUUUUCUGUCUUAGAUAUAAAUUUAUAGAUACUAUUAAUAAAGAUGAGGCUGUACAUUACUGGCAGGGAAAAAAUACUUUUAGCUUUUAAGCAUUUGAAAAUAUUUAUUUUUAAACAAUUUGUUCAGUAUUAUUGAAGUGGGGUUCUGUUAAAAGGGUAUAAGCUGUUAUUAACCUAUCUGCUGUAGAUAACUCCUGGUUAUCUAAUUUAGAAUAAAUUUAGAGGAUUUCUCCCCCAUGUUGAAGCAAGCAGCUAAUCCGAAAGGUGCUAACACCUCUUAUCAUCUUUCACAUUGACCCUAGCUCUUUAUUCAAAUGCUAUUUAGCUUUUAAAUCAUCUGGUUUUGAUACCUUGAGUUUUUCCGUGGAGUAUCAAACUGCAAGCUGGUUCUAUUUUAGGUUCCUACCUUCUUAUUCCUCACCACUCUGUCCUAUUCAGGUUCAUGCAUUUUUUACUCUCCUGUCCAGAUGCCUGAACAAAUCCCUUCUUUGACGUGUAUUUCUGACCCCUGACCCCAACUGCAUUGUUGUCUCCUUAAUUAUCUGCCAUAAAUGUUCCUAUGCAGUCAGGAACCAGAAGACAGCUUGAAAAGUUUUCAAUCUGACAUGUGUCAUCUACAAAUAAUGCAGUACUUAAAGUUUAAAGAGUUUGAGACGAAGGGGCCCCUUUAGUGACGUUUCUCCAUCUUCUAAGAUUUUGCAACCAUACUAUUGGUUAUGGAAGAAGGAUGUUUUUUUUCCAAUGGGAAUAGAAGUGUCAGCAUUUUAGCACUGAGUAACUGAUAUAAAAAUUAAGUAGUAUAAAUAAUUGAAAUAUUGUAGCAGUAAAUAAAUGGAGCUUUAUAAAUUUUUAUACUGUCAUAGUUUGCUAGAAGGGUGUUAAUCCGACAGAAACACAACUAGGCGUUCCAUGAAGUAUCCUUUUUUUAUGCACAUGAAGAUCAGUGGUUCUACUCCACCUAAUAAGACUAUUUCCUCUGUAAAUAUUUAAUAGCUUCAAAUUAGUGUAAAAUGGAAAUACUGCAUUUCUUUUGAGUGAAGCAGUUUUAAGACCAGAAUGAGUUACCUGCAGAUGGUAGUUUUCCAGUCAGAGAAAUUGUGGAAUAGAGGUGAAAAAGAAGCGUUUAAACCAAGAAAAAGAAUCUAACUAAAAAAAAAAACUAUUUUUUUCUUUUUUAUAUAUCCAAAAAGUUGUUGAAUUAGAUCUUUUCUGUUCUGUUCCCAACACAUUACUCUAAGGAAGAGUGAUGUUUUUGGGGCACCACUCUGAUCUCCAUUUCCUGUGUAUCAACUGGAAAGUGCAAUGAUGAAUCGAUUACCCAUCAGUGAAACCCUUCUAUAAAAGCCUGUAAGGAUUUUAGGAUUAGGGUUUCUUUAACAUUUGGUUUGGGGAUGUCAUUUUUAAACAAGCCAGCAUGAUUCAUGCUAAAUAUUUUUGCAAAACAUAUUUUUCUUUGUUCUUUAAGCACACCAACAUAUUUCUGAGGACACAAAAAUAGAGGUUUAGAACAGAAAAUGAUCUUCAAAAUGGUUUAUACAUACAAAAGCAACGCUAUUUUGGUCUUGCCCCAUUUGAUAAGGGUAUGAAUGUUAUCUUUUGGGGUAAUUGAUAAUUGCUUAUAGUUCUCUUAUCAGAACCUCUUCAAAAGUCCUGAACUAUCCCUUUGAAUACCUAAAACAUAUCCUGCCAUACAAGAUAUGAGUAUAACCUUAAACAAUGAUACAGGCUAGAAGGAGCAGUUUUACUAAACUGUGCUGGGUUUAUGUUGCAGCACAACACAGUCAGCUGAGUGUAAAUGCUAAUUGCAUCUUUUGAUUGUAAGAAGCUUCAGUCUGCUUUCCAUGUCUUUGUCUUUUUGAACCAGUGGGGAUCGAUCAUGUUAUCGUGAGUCACCGCAGCACAACAAGAGGCAUUUUCUUUGCCUCCGUGUAUACUGACAGCCUCAAUUCAGCCCAGAUGCGUUUUCUUUGUUUGUGCCUUUCCUUGUCAUUAUAAAGCUGCCCUUACUAAGGCCCGAAAGCAAUCAUUCAGCCAGGCAAAGAAUGUCCUUUAAGUAGUCUGCAAUUUGUUGAGAGGGGAAACGCCUGGAGCUUCUAUCAAGCAGUUGAACUCCAACUGAGUCCUAUGGUUGAAUAGUGCAACAUACUCUAGUCUACUACAUCCUUUAUCCCUUUCAGUUUAAUUCUAGAUCUAAAAUUCUAGAAAAUAGAUAAUUAUAUUUGAUAAUCUUUAAAACUUAAAUUCUAUUUACACGUUUCUGGGUGCAAUGUUUUCUUAUGGAAAUUGGUGAAAUAUUAACAGUGACUUGCUGCACCGCAGCAUCUCCUGAGUGGGUGAGAAAAGGAAGUGACACUUGUCAGAGAGGUGGUGUGUGCGAAUCAUAUCACUCCGUCACACACUGAAAUGCCAGGUGGAGAAACAGACAGCAGCAGAAAAUAUCAAGUCACACUUAAAAUGGGCUGCAUAUAGAAACCUCAGAGAUGGGAGGCAUCUCUUUAAAAGGCUUUUCACUAUUUUCUUCCAGUUGCAGCUAGAAUCUGCUUUCAUUCAUCCGAUUUAAAGUUCUGUCACUUGCAUGAGAAGCUGAGAUCACAAGAUAUGAGGCUUUUGAGUAAUUCAGCAAACAAUACUGAGAGGAGAAAGGCUUCUUUGUUGGACUCCACUGUUCAGUUCAUAUCAUAGUUCUGUAUGCCCAAUGUAAGUGCUUUUGCAGUUGUUUCCAGCAAUGAGGGAAAUCAUGACUUUGUUUUUUUUCUCUAAAGCAAAUCAGCCUUUGUGCAUAUCUAUAUUAACUGCAUAUAUCUAUAUAUAUACAUAUAAAUGUAUGUUUUAGGACUCACAUUCUGUGUUCAGUAUUGAUAAGCUGUGUACUGUUUUAAUGUAUUUUUGUAUAUUCCAAUACUGUUCAUUUUGCAUUUUUCUGCCUUUGUGCUAAUGUUAGCUGUUCUAACAUACAAGUCUUAUUAUAGAUGUUUAUUUUCAAGAAGGGUGGGAAUUUGUUAUUUUUUUCAUUGAAAUUACUGGGAAGAAACAAAAAAAGGUGUCUGAAAAUAUGAUCAAAAUCUGCAUGGAAAGAGGUUUCUUUUUUCAUAUAUUAAGAAGUAUAAAUCCUAAUCAGCAGUGAGAAGACUGUAUGUAGCCACCAGUUACAUUCAAUCAGUGUUGGAUACUGUUCCAAAAGCCAUAUAAAAUUUGAAACACAGUGCUUUAAGAGAUACGCCAUACGACACAGGGAGCUCCUGGCACGGGGAGACAGGGAUAUGGGAAACAUGGGAGGGUUUGAAAAGCUUACAAAUCAGUAGGUAAAAAGAUUUCCUCAGGACUAUGUAAUGUAUUUGAAAAUUUGCUCACAUUUGCAGUAUCUUAAUAUUUCCACGCCUUUCAGGCUCUUUGCUCUAAGUUCAGAAAAAAAUGUAACCGGACUAAAAAGGGAAAGAGCGUGCUCUCAUUCUGCUCUGCUGCACAUAAUCGUCUUUCAUCUAUAACUAUAAAGUAGCAAUCAGCCAUGAGAUAAGGUAAGGCAGAAAGCUUGUUGCUUUAACCGUGUCCACAGCAGAAGGGAGCUUUAAGCAGUACUGAAAGCACUGUGUUUAUCGACCAUAACUUUAAAGAUGAUAAGGUUGGUCACUGCCAUAAAAUCUCAAAGGCCUCGUAGCUGAAGAAUGAUGACUUUUGCAUGGUAUGUUUAAAAGGUUUUCUGGCUGCAGGAUAGAUGCAAACUAUAGGCAUUAAUGAGUAACAUACAAUAAUUUGACAUAAUAAAAGAUACAGAUUAAUA